AUGUCGGCCUCCAGUGCCCCGCAACCCGUGAAGCUCUCACUUCCUCUUGUCUACCAACAGAAACUGUUUGAAGAGCUUCGCAAAGAAGAUGAGCUCGUCAUUCUUGCUCGAGGCCUCGGCCUUAUGCGUCUCAUCACCAACCUGCUUCACUCAUAUGACGCCGCAGGCAACAACCUGAUUGUGGUCGUCAACGCGGAUGAUAGAGAGAAUGCUUGGAUCGGUGAAGCUCUCGCCGAGCAUGCCGCCAUCAGCAUGUCUCCCAAGGCCAGGGGAUUGACAGUGGUCAAUACAGACUUCACCAGCGUCGGAAGCAGAGAGAAGAUGUACGCUCACGGCGGCAUCUUUAGCAUCACCUCGCGUAUCUUAGUAGUCGACCUGUUGACCAACCUCCUGAACCCCGAGACCAUCACAGGCAUGAUUGUCCUCCAUGCGGACCGCAUAGUUGCUACCUCCCUAGAGGCCUUCAUUCUCAGGAUAUACCGUCAGAAGAACAAGGUUGGCUUUCUCAAGGCCUUCUCCGAUAACCCGGAUCCAUUCACGAUAGGCUUCUCACCGCUGGCUACCAUGAUGAGAAACAUGUUUCUCCGAAAGGCUUCUCUUUGGCCUCGGUUUCAUGUCCAGGUGGCCCAGUCACUAGAGGGUAAGAAGAAGGCAGAAGUCAUCGAGUUGGAAGUUCCAAUGACCGACUCCAUGAGGGAGAUCCAGACUGCCAUCAUGGAAUGUGUCGAGCUCAGCAUCCAUGAGCUCAAGAAGGAAAACACCGGGCUGGAAAUGGAAGACUGGAACCUGGACAGUGCUCUGACCAGAAACUUUGAUCUUAUGGUACGGAGACAACUGGAGCCAAACUGGCACAGGGUCAGUUGGAAGACCAAGCAGAUUGCUGGCGAUCUGACCGUCCUCCGCGGUAUGCUUCAGUCCAUCCUCGCCCUCGACGCUGUCUCGUUCUUGCAACAACUGGACACCAUCCAUGCGGCACAUAAGCCCGCUCCUGGAACUACCAGGCAGACAGAGUCACCUUGGCUGUUCUCGGAUGCGGCCCAGACCAUCUUCGAGACUGCAAGACAACGAGUCUACUCUAGCGAACAGAAGGCAGGUCCAAACUCAACCAUCGAGUCACUAAAACCCGUGCUGGAAGAACAGCCAAAGUGGGCUGUCCUUGCCGACGUCCUGGAGGAGAUCGGUAGAGACCUCUACUUUGAACCCGCUGUUCGCGAUGACUCCAACGGCACCAUCUUGAUUAUGUGUGCCGACACCGACACAUGUCGCCAACUACGCGAUUACUUACAAACAAUGCACAUCCGACCUCGAACGGCGAAGAAGGUAGAAGAGGUCUAUGACCCUGAGGAAGACAAACCAUCGGGUGCAUUCCUGAUGAGGCGAAAGUUACGCAACUAUCUCAACUGGAAACGAGAAUUCGCCCAAGUCAACAACGUCCUCUUCUCCGAGAAUCAAAAAGCCCUCAGCGGCGCCGUCGACCCACGACUUCCCCAGGCUAGAGGCCGAGGAGGAGGAGCGCCGGCCAACAAACGGCGCCGAGUCCGCGGCGGCGGCGGCGUAGGACGUAACCCCAGCCGCCACGAAAACGGGAGUAUCGUGCAACACUUUGAAAAGCCCAACGAAGUAGCGGGCCUGAUGUCGGAAAUCCAAAUCACCGAAGAUGACGCAGGCGGCCAAGCCGCCGAAGAACUCAUCACCUUCACCACCACCACAGCCGCCGACCCGCUUGAGGACAUGGACGACUACUACCAGCUCUACGACAUGCAAGACCUGGUGGUCAUCCACGCCUACGAAGGUGACCAAGACGAGCACGUCCUGGAAGAAGUCAAACCCAAAUACAUCAUCAUGUACGAGCCCGAUGCCUCCUUCAUCCGUCGCGUCGAAGUUUACCGGUCCUCGCACAACGACCGCAACGUGCGCGUCUAUUUCCUGUACUACGGCGGCUCCGUCGAAGAGCAACGGUAUCUUUCUUCCGUUCGCCGCGAAAAGGACGCUUUCACAAAGUUAAUCAAAGAGCGCGCCUCAAUGUCCAUCGUCAUGACGACCGAUUCUAGUGGAGUCGAAGACGACCCCGAAUCUGCUUUUCUACGCACAAUCAACACCCGCAUCGCAGGCGGCGGCAAGCUCACCACCAAAGCCACGGCGCAACCCCCUCGCGUGGUCGUCGACGUGCGCGAGUUCCGCUCUUCUUUGCCUUCCCUACUCCAUGCUAGAUCAAUGGUCAUAGUCCCCUGCAUGUUAACUGUAGGCGACUACAUUUUAUCUCCCAACAUCUGUGUCGAGCGCAAAUCCGUGUCCGAUCUCAUUUCCUCUUUCAAAGAUGGCCGCUUAUAUGCUCAAUGCGAGACUAUGUUCCAGCAUUACCGCAACCCGAUGCUUCUAAUCGAAUUCGACCAGAAUAAAUCUUUUACGCUCGAACCCUUUGCCGAUCUAUCAGGCACCUUCCCCAAGUUACGCAUAAUCUGGUCUUCAUCCCCCUACGAAACCGCCGAGAUUUUUGAACGGCUAAAGACGCUAGAAGAGGAACCUGAUCCCAUCGCUGCUGUCCGAGCCGGGCUUGGAGAGGGCGAGAGUCCGGAGGAUGGAGUCAACGAGGGCAAGGGAUCGGUCAAUGGGGGUGCAUUCAACAUGGAAGCGCAAGAAAUGCUGGGGAAAGUGCCUGGUGUGACGCCGAAGAAUAUUAGGAAUAUCAUGGCCGAGGCAGAGAGUGUGAGGGAGGUUGCGAAUAUGGGGGUUGAGGAGCUGGGAAGGCUGGUGGGGAGGGAGGCGGCCGGGAAGAUUGUUGAUUUCUUUAAGAAGGAUGUGUUGGAGGAUUAUAGUGGAUAG